ACCACAAUCGCCAGCUUCUGCAAUCUCCUGCAACCGCAACGUUUGAACGCACUGAGGCCCUUACUAAACAAAUACAAUGGCGAGUCUCUGUCUCUCAUCGUCCUGGAUCGUCUCUCUCCACCACCACAAACCCUGUCUCUCUCUAAAACUCCGGCGGCCUCGCAUUUCGAAUCUCUCCGGUCUAAGUCACAGUGCGAUUGAUGUUUCCUUCAAUCCGCUAAGGUUAUCGUCUGAUCGUCAGCGAACGGCUUCAGUGUCGGCCAAGGUUGAGAAGCGGCGGAAGAGAGGAUCGAGUGUGGUUUGUUAUGCCGCUCCGAUGUUGUCUGUUCAUAAUCUACAAUGGAUCUCCACAAUUUCUUGCGUUGCAUUGAUGCUUACAAGGGGUACUGGUAUUCAUAAGUCCUUUGUUGUUCCACUAUUCGCUCUACAAGCACCUGUGGGCAUUGUCUCCUGGAUGAAGGGUGAGUAUGGCAUCUGGGCAGCAUUCCUGGCGCUUCUUACUCGACUGUUCUUCUCUUUCCCAGGUGAACUUGAGCUGCCAUUUAUAGCAUUACUCUUGGUGAUUGUGGCGCCAUAUCAAGUUAUGAGCAUAAGAGGGAAACAAGAAGGGGCUAUCCUUUCUUUAGCGAUCUCUUGUUUUCUGGCUUUCCAGCAUUUCUCACGAGCAGGCAGCUUGCAGAAAGCAUUUGAUCAGAAUUCAGUUCUUGCCACUGUAGCAAUAAUUGGUGUCACAGUUGUAUCGAUCCUUUUCUUGAUAUAACUAUGCUCCUUGACAAAAGGAAUCAUCUGUAGAAAUCACUGUAACAAUGUGUAUGAAGACACAAGAGAUAAUGUCCUGUUUUAUUUGCUCCAUUUCAGUACUCAAUUCAAACGUGCUUUCAUUUA